AUGCAAAAUUGGGCACGGGUUGCACAUGGGCUUGUGUCAGAAAUAAAUGAAUCAAUAUAUAAGAUGGAGUUGCCCUCUGUUACUUUAGUCUCUGAUAUUCGAGUGAAAAGGAAGAGUCUUUCAGUAAUACGUCCUGAAAAGAAUGAAAUAGCUUUUGAUAACAUAAUCUAUCUGCAUACGGAGGCGCUCAGUGGGAUUUUGGUUUAUUAUGACUCCAUAUCCGGGAGGCUCACUUUCAAUUCAGAGGAAUGGCGGUUUGAGAUCGACUGUAAUGCCGCAGGAGUUCCUUUUGCCGUUUGCACAAGUGAACUGACUUUGGAGCAGAUGGGAGACGUUACAUAUCCAAAUCCUGCCUUCACUCAGCUUUGUUUACUUCCCAGAUCUACCAAUCAAAUACUCGAAGACGAGCCUCUCAUGUCUUUUCAGGCAACUCAGUUCAGAUGCGGUGGCUUCGCUGUGGGAACAGUUGUAAAUCACGGUCUUAUGGACGGAUUUGCACUGCAGGAGUUUGCAAAGAACCUCACCCACGUGGCUAGAAAAGGAAAUGAGGCUUUCAUCCCUGUAACUAUUCGUACCUGCUUGAAAGCGCGAUUUCCACUUCAGAUAAAGUACCAGCAUGAAGAGCUAGUGAAGCCCUCUCAACUUGGAGCUGAUUCCUCGCCCUUCAUGCAACGAAACAUGAAUCUCUUGCACAAUAAGGUGGUUCUCCACAACCAAUCAGAGAAGCAUGUUUUUAAGCCCUUCACCUUAUCAGGGAAAACGCUUGGUCUCCUCAAAUUAAAGGCUAAGGAAGUGGGAGUUUCUCAUUGUUCAAGUUUCAUUGUAGCAGUGGCACAUCUGUGGCUUGCAAGAACUGCAACAAUGGCAAACAUCAAUGCCAACGAUAUUACAAGAGUUCAUUAUGUCGUAGACAUGAGGUCAAGGAUGAGACCUCCUCUUCCGAGGGAAUAUGCAGGCAAUGCAACAAAGGCAGCCUAUGCAAAAGCAACAGCCAAAGAAUUACUAGACCAACCAUUUUCGGCGACUGUGAAAAUGUUGGGGGAAGCGGGAAAUAGAUUGAGUGAUGAGUACUUGAGGUCUGCAAUAGACUGGCUUGAGUUACAUGCUGGAGUGAUGCGUAUGGAUAAUGGGUUUGUGGUUACAUCGUGGUCUCGCAUGGAAUAUGGAGACUUGGAAUUCGGAGGGGGCGUUAACUCUAUAUAUGCAGGGCCUGUGGUGUCUGGCAGAGUGGAUGUUGUGGUAUUUUUCGAAAUGUGGACACCGAUACAGCUAUUAGGUCUAAUAUGUAGGAUUUUCUUUUCGUUGUCUUCUUGA